AUGCUUCUUAAUGAUAUUAUGAUUUACUCUAUGAUUGGUAUAUCAGGAUUAUUAUUACUAACAGGAAAUGCGAUAAUGUUUUUUAAUUUAUUAGAUCUAUUAUAAUCAUUGUCUUAUAGUAUUCUUUUCCAACUCAUUUAAUUUAAUUUUUUAUCACUUAUACUAAAGUAUCGCUAUAAGCAAUAUUAGAGCGUUUUUAUAUAGAAGAAUUGUUUAUAUCUUUAAAUGGAGGAAGUUUACAAUUCAAAAGUACUAGAUAAUCAACUUAAAUUUAAGCAAAUAAAUUUUAUCUAUUAAAUGCUGAAGGUUGGAACUUUUAUAUUUUAUGUUCAUUAACAACUUAUUUUAUUUCCAUAUUAUUAUCCUCUAACAAAGUUUUAUUCUUUUAAGUAAUUCUAUUUGAAAAAUUCAAAAUUCAUUAUACAUCGCUUUGCUAUCAUACAUUAUACUCUACAAAAAUCUAAAAGUGUUGUAUGA